AAUAGCAAUCCAUGCUUAGUAGAUCAGGUGAGCCUCUCCCAUUGACAGCCAUAAACUCAUAGAUAUAGACAAGAAAAAGAACCUUUUACCAACAAGAAUAGGGUCUUUUGAUUAUGAACCCAAAAGUGGCUCCAGAUCUAAAGGUUCCAACCUCAGUUUAGACCCAGGGACUGUUUACAAAAGUCUGAGGAGAAUAGGUAUUGACAAGAAGAUCAAAUCAACAAAAUAACAGUACAUCACAUCGGGUAUCGACGAAGCCAAAUUCUCAUAUAAUAUCUUCAGGGAAGAAAAAGAAGAAAUCGCAGCUUAAAUAAAGGGAUAACAGACAAAAAGUCGUCUAAAAAUAUAUCGAAAACUUCUAAAAUCGUGAACAAGUUAACAACCACGAUCCAAAAUCUCCAUUAUGUUAAGCCUGGGGUGAAAUCAAGCAGCAAGAACUUCUCGACGUUCAAGAAGUACCUGAAUCCAAGCCUGAAGCCUCAGUUGAUCUCCCCUAGUAACAAGAGCUCAAUGCUGAAGGCGGUUAAUUUGCAGGGGUUUGAGAAAAAGAAGCCGAAGACAUCUUCAAAGCAUAAAUAAGAUGAUUAAUUACACUACGAUUAGGAAGCAGGCGCCAAGCUUUGAGCGUGGGCCUGAAAGCAUAGGGUCUACCAUUAAGAUUCUUAAAUACCCGAAGGGAUCGAAGGAUAACUCUGCCUCUUCCAAGAGUGGGUCGAUGGUCAAGUAUAGCACAUUGAGUAACAAUACUUCUAAAAAUAUGACAUGCAAGUCGAUAUCUAUAAACCAAGGGAAGCCUCAAAAUAAUUCAAAAGUUAUCCGGUUCAGCAGAUACAUGAAGGAGCACCGGAAAAAGCCAAAGGCUUCGAAGAAGGAUGAAGUCUCCAAAUGUGAGAUUGAUCUCUUUGCAAGCUCCCAAAAGAUCAGCUCAAGGAGAAGAAGAUCUGGGUCUAAAAAGGAAAGUCAAGAUAUGCUUGAAGAGAGCAAGACUGUACCCCACUCCUUAAGAUCUCCCUCUAAUAAGAUCACUAGCAGAGAUACUGAGAAGAGUCUUCCAUUGUCUCCAGAAAGAGCUCUCAAGAUGUUUCAGGACAAAGGUCUUUCUAAAUUUGAGGAAGGGGAGAUACUAGACUUCAAGAGCAUUUAUUUUGUUGGUACCACAGAGAAGAAAAUAGAACCCACAGAGGAUCUUAAUACCAACUUUGGCUUCGAUGAUAACCGUGGAGACUAUAAAACUGUUGAAAAUGAUCAUAUUUCCUACAGGUAUGAGAUCCUCUCGACACUCGGCCAAGGCAGCUUUGGAAAGGUCUAUAAGGCAUUUGAUCACAAAAAUAAGAAAUUAGUCGCGUUGAAGAUCAUCAGGAACAAGAAGAAGUUUGAGUUUCAAGCAAAUAUUGAGAUUAAGGUCCUCUUAGAGAUCAAGAAGUAUGACGAUAAGGAUAAGAGUAACAUUAUCAAAAUCAUAGACCAUUUUAAAUUCAGGAAUCAUAUUUGUUUAUCUUUUGACCUGUACUCCAUAAACCUGUACGAGCUCAUAAAGUCUAAUGACCACAAGGGGUUCCCCCUAGACAUCGUGAGAAGGAUCGCCAUACAAAUAUUACAGGGGCUCAGGUUCUUAAAGAAAAGAGGAAUAUGUCAUUGCGAUCUGAAGCCUGAAAAUAUCUUGCUCAAGAAAAAUAAUAAGACUGGGAUAAAAAUUAUUGAUCUUGGCAGCAGCUGAUUUGUCAAAGAUCAGGUAUAUACUUACAUCCAGAGUCGGUUCUACCGAGCUCCAGAAAUUAUGCUCGGGAUUCCCUAUACACCAGCAAUUGACAUGUGGAGUUUUGCCUGCAUUUGAGUUGAACUAUAUACAGGAUUCCCUUUAUUCCCUGGGGAGUCAGAAGAAGAGCAGUUUUCAUUAAUAAUGGAGUACAAAGGAAUUCCUCCCAUAAACCUUCUUCAAAGCUCCACCAGAAGAGAGAUAUUCUUUGAUGAUGAUCUCCAACCAAAAAAGGUAAAAGAUGCGAUUGAAGAUGUUAUUGAGAUCAAUUCAAAGGCUCUUUCUGAACUGCUUUACAUGGGUGUGCCUGACGAUCAGAAAGAAACCAUAACCCCAUUUAUAAAAUUCAUCGAUGCAUGACUUCAUUGGGACCCUAACCUGCGACUGAGUCCCAAUGAAGCCUUACGGCAUGAGUGGAUCACCUCUAUAUUUGACUAAAAUAAGCCUUAAAAAUUCUAAAA